AUAAAAAACGGUUGUUGUUUUCCCUUGGUGGAGGAGCUCAGGAGCAUCCAGAUCCCGCGAAAUUCUUCAUGAGGUCUUUGAGCUAAAAAAAAGCAAUGGAUGCCAGUGCUAUUCAGCAUGCAACUAUUGCAAUUCAGGUCCCUGACGGUAGGGAUCCAGAGAUGGAAUCAGAGAUUCAUGGUUCACAAGAUUCUGGCUCACCUAAUGGAGAGGGGAUGCGGGAACUGAGAAGCGCUGGAGAAGUUCUAACAAGAGUGGAACUGGAUUUGGCUUACUGUUCCGAGAAGUUAGUAAACUUGGAUGUGCUUUUGAUGAAUGUGGCUGCAAGGGAAAGUGAUUUUGAAGCUAUAGCUGUAGAGAGUGACGAUGUUUCGGUCGACUCUGUUGAGAAAGCAAUGGAAUUCAAUAUUUUAUCUGGAGUCUUAGAUUCAGAGGUUAGGGAACUGGAUAAUUUCAUGGAAUAUCUUGAAAGAGAAAUUGGGGAUACUCGUCAGAAAAUAUCUUCAUGUGAGGGCUUGCGAGAUGCUUUCCCAGAAAUGGAAGAGAAGUUGCAUGACUCUGAAGAAUCUUUGAAGCAAUCGAAAGAUCAGGUCUCUGAGUUGGGGAUGCAAUCUUCCAAGUUCCAGAGGACUUUGUUAGCGUAUAGCGGGCAAGAAGAAAAUUGGAAUGAUGGCAAGGGUGCUGAUUUUGGUGAAAGCAAUCAAUUUUCAAACAUGAAUGCCAAGUUGAAAAUGCAGACUGCUGAACAACAAAGACAUAUUCUGAGAAUGCUGGAGAAAUCCUUGGCAAGGGAGUUGGAUCUUGAAAAGAAGCUAUCUGAAUCAAGACAAAAUGAAGAAGACAUGAAAUUAAAGCUACACUCUAUGGAACAAGAAGUGUUCUGUGUGGAAGAAGCUGAGGAGAUUGUUUGUGAGAGAUUAUUUGAAGCAGAGUGUGCUGCUGAGAUACUAAUGGGAGUUUCAAAAGAAAUGAUGGGUCGACUCCAGAUUGCUCAGUUUAAUCUAAAUAGUGCAAUUAAACGAGAGAGUGAGAUGAAUUCUCAACUUAAGGAUUCCAUGGAACAGGUAAGUGCUAAAGAAAGUUCUUUUCAGAAGCUUGAAUCCAGUAAUACAGAACUCGACAACCUCCUUCUAGAUCAGACAACCAGCCUCAAAGCCGACCUGAAGGAAGCUGCGGAUAAAUACAUUCUUGCAAGUUCUGAGGCCUCCACUUUAAGGGAAAAAGUGAAUUCUCUUGAGGAGCAACUGAAAGAAUCUGAGAUUAAGCUACAGAAUGCAAAUGCUUCCUGGGAGGAAAGUCUCGAGCAGAAUAAUAUUUUUAAUUCUGAAAUAAGUGACAUGGAAAAUGUAAUUGAGGAUCUGAAAAAAGGUGUUUCUGAAGCUGAAAGUAAAGCAGAGGUUACUGAGGCCAAAUGUGUGCUGUUAACGGAGACUAACUUGGAACUUAACCAAGAGCUGGGUCUUCUUAAGAGCACUGGUAAUAACACAGAGAAGAUAAACGUUCUUGAGGAGCAGUUGAUGGAAGCUGAUAUAGAACUACAACACGCAAAGGCAUCUGCUGAAGCAAGUCAGGAGCAGCAGAAACUGUUGGAUUCUGCAAUUGAUGAUAUGGAAAAUUUAAUUGCAGAUCUGAAGUUAAAAGUUUCAAAAGCUGAAAGUAGGGCUGAGAGUGCAGAAGCAAAAUGUAUUCUAUUAUCUGAAACUAACUUGGAACUUAAUGAGGAAUUGAAUUUUUUGAGGGGUAGAAUGGAAUCCUUGGAGUCAUCUUUCCGUAAAGCUGACAGUGCUAAAGUAGCAACUGCAAAGGACAUUAGCAUUAGGACCAAAGUUAUUACGGAUCUGGUCAUGCAACUGGCAAAGGAAAGGGAGCGUGUCCAGAAGCAGAUAUCUUCAUUGCUAAAUGAGAACAAGAAUUUGGUGAAGUUGUUGAGGACAAAGGGUGUUUCUGUUGCAAUGAGUAACCGGGGGAAUGAAAAAAAUAAAGAACCUCCUCUUUCUAAGGAUGAUUUCGUUAUGAAAACUUCUACCAAAGUACCCAACGAAGGAGAAGUGGUAUCUUCUAAUACCGCUUUCCAUGUAAAAGAGCCACUAAAAGAAGAACCUGUUGGCAUGACCGAUGUAGAACCAGCCAUUUCUGCAAAUGAUGCUGUUGAUGAGGACUCCAAGUCAGAGACCGUGAGAACAAUAGAGGCAGGGGAACUAAUAAACUCAAAGCAUCUUUUGGGGGCAAUUCUUGCCUUAGUUGUUUCACUCGCAGCUGUUUAUCUGUUUCAUCAAGAAAGCCUUUGGCCGAAUAACAGCUAAUGAGGUAUUUUAUGAGUGGUGAUCAAGGCAUGAGAUACAAUUUGUGAAUAAUGCUUUUGCAUAGAUCAUUGUGGCCUUAUGUUCUUAUUUUAUCACCAGGUUUUCAUUUCCUUGGCCUUUUUCUUGGAUGACCUUUAUUGUAAUGUUGCAAUGAGUGUAGAGUUGGAAUCAGCACUAGAUCUGUGAAAAACAUUUUCCCACCAAAAAUUUAGUUUUGGGCGCUCA